CCUUGGUCUUUUUCUUCACACUUUCUUGUCUUCGCAUCUCCUUGUUAUCUUUUUUUUACACAGCUCGAAACUGUAUCUAUACUAUAGUUGGAACCGGCCUUUCAAACUUGCACGUGCUCAAUUACCCUUCUUGCAUCGACCUGUCCUUCAACGGACAAUUGCACAACGCCUAAAACUGCCCCUUGCUUAAUUCAAACAUCCUUUCUGUACGGGGCCGUUUUCCUGCAACAACACCAACAAAAUGUCGGACGACAAAGAGAAAGGAACUGUAGAGUCGAAGACGAGUAUCGAGGCAGAUGUCCAGGCACCAGUCGAUGCAGUUUCAGGCCAUCGUGAGGUACCCUUGGAUGCAGAUCCGGAAGGCAAGAGUCGUUGGGAGCGCAGUUGGCCCACCAUUGCCUGUGGUGCUGGGCUUUUUUCUGAUGGAUAUCUGAAUGGUAUAAUCGGACCCGUUAAUACCAUACUCAAGAGACUUUAUCCGACUGAAUAUGCCAACUCGCCCGCAAGCCAGAACGUUUCAUCAAUUACUUUUGCGGGAACAGUGGUUGGCAUGCUGAUAUUUGGAUAUACAAGUGAUCAUUGGUCACGGAAAUGGUCGUUGAUGAUCUCCACUAUCAUUCUGUUCAUCUUCGCAGCUUUAUGUGCUGGUGCAUACGGCUAUAACAAUAGUCAUUAUGGCCUAUUCGCCGCAUUGACAGCCUACCGUUUCUUCUUAGGGAUAGGAAUCGGUGGGGAAUAUCCAGCAGGAAGUGUGGCCUGCGCUGAGAACACCGGUGAAUUGAAGGAAGGUCAUCGAAAUCGAUGGUUUGUCAUGUUUACCAAUUUUCAGAUUGACUUUGCAUAUGUCAUUUCUGCGUUGGUUUCCAUGAUAUUGGUUUUGAUUUUCACCGAAGAUCACCUACGUGCAGUGUGGCGUGUUGGGUUGGGAUUGGGUGUAAUCCCCCCUCUUAGUCUGAUGUACUUGCGAUUGAAGCUUGAAGAGCCCGAAGAGUUCGACCGAGAGCGCAUGCACACUUUCCCUCUAUGGCUAAUCGUGAAGUUUUACUGGAAGCGCUUGGCUGUGCUCUCCCUCAUUUGGUUCCUGUAUGACUUCUCUUCCUAUUCCUUCAGCAUUUACUCCUCAGACUGGCUAGCCAUUAUCCUCGGGGAUAGUGCUCCCCUUUGGAAGAGCUUCGGUUGGACUACCUUGACCUACACGUUCUACAUUCCAGGAUCCUUUCUUGGUAGUCUAUCCAGUGACUGGAUUGGGCCCCGCAACACUUUGGCUAUUGGCGUACUUUUCCAGGGCAUAGUCGGGUUCAUCAUGUCCGGCUGCUAUGAGUAUCUUUCGACCCCAAAGAAUGUGGCGGCGUUCGUCGUGGUAUUCGGAAUAUUUUCCAGCCUUGGAGAAUUCGGUCCCGGUGAUAACAUCGGCCUUUGCUGUGCAAAAAGCAGCGCAACCGCGGUCCGAGGUCAAUUUUAUGCCAUCGCUGCUGCUUUCGGAAAGAUCGGUGCUUUUGUGGGCACCUAUGUGAUUCCAAUCAUACAGAAAAACGCCCCGAACCCAGUCCGCAGUGGACAGGAUCCGUUCUUUGUCUCGAGCUCCCUGUGCAUCUUCAGCGCGGCUUUGGCCUACUUCCUUCUGCCACAGAUUGGCCAGGACACAAUCACCGAAGAGGAUGCUAAGUUCCGUGCUUAUCUUGAGUCCCAUGGAUAUGACACGAGCCUGAUGGGGACCCAGGAGAGGCCCGAGGAGCAGUAAGCUAUAUUUUUGACCCUGCACUGACCUUUCAACGCGUAUGGUGGGCGCACUAUCACCCAGCAAAAACCUUGCCCACUGAGCGCCAUCCAUUCAUAUGCCUGCACAAUCUUUGCAGCCCAUUUGACGCCCGUUGCGACAUUUAAUCUCGAUGAGCCCGAGCGACAAUGCAGCGAGCCGAUCCACACCCCAAAAUAUUGGAGAGCGAACCCCAAGCGACAGAUUGAGCGAACGAUGCCCAGAAGCGCGAAAUGGUAGAUGUUAUUUGCUGCGGUCACCGCAACGACAUUGCUCAGACCGAUAAUUUAUGUAUUUAUGGAUAGAAACCUAAU